UUGGGAGUUCCUAUUUUAGAGAAACUUGCUCCACCAAUAGCUCCGUUUUUUAUUGGUCGUACUGGUACCCAGUUGUUUCUUACUGAUGGUAAAGCUGAUAAACCACCUCUUCUCUUGAGGAUGGCAUCUGAUUGUGAAGAUCUGAAAUUCUUAUCGUCUCUGGGGGCGUUUCUAUGUCGCAUCCUAUAUGCAAACGUAUCUUAUGACUACAUGGUUGGUUGGCGUACAUCUUCCAUAAGGAGAGAAACUGAACUUUUCAAGCCUCCACGACGGUCUUUGGAUGGAUACAAGCAUGUUGUUGAUGUAGAAUACUGCCCAACUGUUUCAUCAGAUGGAGCCCAUUUCCCUCCAGAAGCUGCUAAAGCCAAGGAAGCCGCACAAAGCUCACCUAGUCCCCAGAACACACUUCAGUAUCAUGAAAUAGUGGAAGAGGAGAUGAUCCGUAGCCUGCAGAUGUUAGGGUGGAAGAAAGUUGAUGUCAGCUUCCACUCCACCUUCUGGCCUUACUUAGCUCAUAACAACAUUCACGUAAAACGUGAAAGACUUCACAAAGCAGGAGCUGGAGUUGUUGCGCAUGUGGUAGAUAGCAUAAAACAGCAAGAGUCUUCCACCUUUAUUACCGCCAGCUUAUAAAUUGUUCAAGAGUGUUUUACCAGUUAAGCUGAGUGUGCCGAGACAUUUAAAUCAUACAUGUGUGUUCUUUCUUACCAGUUGGAGAUUGAUGCGGAUCAAGAACGUUCACAUUCUUGACGGUUUUUUUUUGGACUUAAUCAGAGGAAGUACAAUCUAAUUCAUCCGUACAUUAUUGUCUUGUAUCAGCUUAAUGUGAUGGUACUACACUUGAAAUAAGUUAUAGGUAAAUAAGCGUCUAUAGAUUUUUGUUUCCCA